AUGUCCAACCUCCCCUCUGAGCCCGAGUUCGAGCAGGCCUACAAGGAGCUUGCCUCGACCCUCGAGAACUCGACUCUCUUUGAGAAGAACCCCGAGUACAAGCGUGCUCUCCAGAUCGCCGCCGUCCCCGAGCGCGUCAUCCAGUUCCGUGUCGUCUGGGAGAACGACAAGAACGAGGUCCAGGUCAACCGUGGUUACCGUGUGCAAUACAACUCUGCCCUCGGUCCUUACAAGGGUGGUCUCCGCCUUCACCCUACCGUCAACCUUUCCAUUCUCAAGUUCCUGGGUUUCGAGCAAAUCUUCAAGAAUGCUCUUACUGGCCUGAACAUGGGUGGUGGUAAGGGUGGUGCCGACUUUGACCCCAAGGGCAAGUCUGACAACGAGAUCCGUCGCUUCUGCUACGCCUUCAUGAAGGAGUUGAGCAGACACAUUGGUGCCGACACUGAUGUUCCCGCCGGUGACAUUGGUGUUGGUGGUCGUGAGGUCGGUUACAUGUUUGGUGCCUACAAGUCGAUCCGCAACCAGUGGGAGGGCAUUCUCACUGGCAAGGGCGGCAGCUGGGGUGGUUCCCUGAUCCGUCCCGAGGCCACCGGCUACGGUCUCGUCUACUACGUCGAGCACAUGAUUCAGUAUGCCUCUGGCGGCAAGGAGUCCUUCUCCGGCAAGAAGGUCGCCAUUUCCGGUUCCGGUAACGUCGCUCAGUACGCCGCCCUCAAGAUCAUCGAGCUCGGCGGUACCAUCAUCGACGUCAUUGCCGACCUCAAGCUCAACCGCAAGGCCCUCAGCGACCUGACCUCCAGCUCCGAGUACAGCAGCCAGUUCAAGUACAUCGAGGGCGCCCGUCCCUGGAAGCACUGCGGCAACAUCGACGUUGCCCUUCCCUCAGCCACCCAGAACGAGGUCUCUGCCGACGAGGCCGAGGCUCUCAUCUCGCAGGGCGCCAAGUUCAUCGCCGAGGGCUCCAACAUGGGCUGCACCCAGGAGGCCAUCGACAUCUUCGAGGCGUCGAGAAAGGAGAAGAAGGGAUCCGCCAUCUGGUACGCACCCGGAAAGGCCGCCAACGCCGGUGGUGUCGCCGUGUCGGGUCUCGAGAUGGCACAGAACUCGCAGCGUCUGAAGUGGACCAGCGAGGAGGUCGACGAGAAGCUCAAGCAGAUCAUGAAGAACUGCUUCGAGAACGGUCUCGAGACGGCCAAGGACAACAUUGCUGGCUUCAAGAAGGUUGCCCAGGCCAUGCACGACCAGGGUGACUGGUGGUAA